UGAAUUUUUUGUUUCACGUCCGCGUACUCACUCCCUCUCGCCCUGCCUCUCACAAAUCACAUAUCAUCGAUUCUACUCUCUCUCCAAACCCUAACCCCUGUUUUUUUCACAGAUAUUCCCAUAAUUGUUCACAUUUGUGGCUAAUUUGGCUUCUAUUUCUCGGAUUUCUCUUUCUAUAUUUCUUCUCUGUUUGAAUUUUAUUAGGGUUUCUCUGCUAAAUCGGUGGGAUAGAGUGUGUGUAAAAGCUGGCUAUGGAUUAUCCGCCGUACGAUAGUAGUGGAACAGAUGAUGAUCUCCCUCCAUCACAUCAGAACAGAAUGCCAAGAGGAGGUGCCCGUGUUGCAGGGAAUGGCAGGCCACCUGUUAUGGGAUCUGUACCAUAUCCUAGGAUGAUGGGUGAAACGGAUAUGGAGGCCCAAAUUCACCAGCUUGAGCAAGAAGCAUACAGUUCUGUCCUAAGAGCCUUUAAAGCUCAAGCUGAUGCCAUUUCUUGGGAGAAGGAAAGUUUAAUAACUGAACUCAGAAAGGAGUUAAGAUUGUCAAAUGAAGAACAUAGAGAACUUCUUGGCAGGGUUAAUGCAGAUGAUGUUAUCAGAAGAAUAAGGGAGUGGAGACAGUCAGGUGGGCAUCAACCGGCCAUGCUUGGUGCAGGUCAAGCUGUCCAUGAUCCAGUGCCCAGUCCCUCGGUAUCAGCUUCUCGCAAGAAACAGAAGAUAGCACCUUCAUUACCUUCUCAAUCUUUUGGAGGUCCUUCUCCUUCCUUCCAUCCCCAAGCAGUGGCUGGAACGAACCAGCCAUCUUCAUCAGCUGGGAAGCGUGGACCUAUGGUUGGGACAAAGGGCAAGAAGCACAAAUCUGGUCAGAUGCUACCUAAUGCUUCUUCCAUGAAAAUGCAAUACCCUCCCUCGGGUCCAACUGGGAGGAGUCAAUUUGGUAAUCGGGUUAGUUCUGGUGGUCAUGCAAGUGAACCUGCUGAAGCAGGAUCAUUCAAUCAAUUGAUUGGGAGGAAAGUGAGGACGCGAUGGCCAGAUGACAAUAACUUUUAUGAAGCUAUUGUAGCAGACUACAAUGCAAUUGAGGGCUUGCAUGCUCUUGUCUAUGAUAUGGGUACUGCAAAUGAGACAUGGGAAUGGGUCAAUCUUGCUGAGAUUUCUUCUGAAGAUAUACAUUGGGAAGGUGAAGACCCUGGAAUAUCUCAUCAUGGAGGUUAUGGUGGAUCAGGCCGUGGAAUGAAUAGAACUGUUGGACGUGACGGUGGUCCGGGUGCAGGUAGAGGUAGGGGAAUGUUAAAAGGUCAGUCACGCAAGGAUUUUCUGCCAUCACAGAAUGGCAUAGGAAAGAAGGGAUCAGAUGAUAUUCAGUUGCUUCACACAGAUACUUUAAUUAAAGAGGUUGAGAGGGUUUUCAGUGCUAGUCACCCGGAUCCUCAAGAGAUUGAGAAGGCAAAGAAAGUGCUCAAGGAACAUGAACAAGCACUGGUAGAUGCCAUCGCAAGGCUUGGAGAUAUUUCUGAUGGUGAAAGUGAUGGAGGCCAUUUCUUGCACGGACAAUCAAUGGUCAGAGAAUGACAGCUCGAUAACUGAAUUGGAAAAUAGUAUAAUAGCAGAUAUGGCUGAGAAAAGAGACAUUUUGGUUUAGCAGCUGAAUGGAUCAGACAAAUAGGAUUGUACCAUGAGGGUUGAUUGUGAUGAAGUGCCGAGUUAAAAUCUGGAGCUCUGUUGUAUAAUGUGGUCUUCCAUUUAUUUGCCUUAGCAAUUGAAUUAUUGUAGGCCUUAAGUAAUUUAGAAACAGGCUAAUUCGUAGCUGGGUGAUAACAGUUUAUCACGGACAAGUGAUGAUGUAAAAUUAUAAUAGUUGUUACUGACACGUAAUCGUGUACAAAAGGUUUUUGGUCUAGAGCUGGGUAAUUUCUUUGCCUAAA